AUGAGGCUUUCAUUCAACAAACAACGCCAUCACGGCGGAACAACAGUAGCUUUGACUGAACAAGGAGCUUCCGAUUCUCUGCAUGCUGCGCAGGCUAUCUUCCAGAACCACUCCACUGAGGGAACCAGGCCAUGCCCUCCAUUUACGGUGAACACAAAUGCUCAAACAAGGACGUCUGGACCAUCGCUACCGAGGCAAAGACAACAAGAACAAAAGAAGGCACGCAUACGAACGAAACAGGUACCGACCAUCAAAACAACAACGCCCAACGGUGUUGAGCUGCCAAGAGCGCACACACCAGAAACCAUAAAUAGAGACAAUGCCAUUAACGCUGCUCAAAUGGCUGCGGCUUUAGCACACUCACAAUCGAAACUAAAUUCAGACAAUAAUCACCUCAAUUCUUCUCCGGUAGACACGAUAAGAGUAUCGGGGACUCCUAAAUCGAGUGUUCCGCUGGGUCUUCAUUCACGCUCAUAUUCAAGAAAUGCCUCUAAUGAUUCAUUAACGCUUGGCCAAAGGACUCCCGAGAAUGACUCUCAUGAAAACUUGAUCAGCCCACCUAGUUCUAGCAGAAGGCUAUCCUCAUGUUCUGGGGACCCUACCAUUAAUAAGGAAAGCGCUAAGUUUGUACUUAAAUAUAGACCAUUACCACCUUUGCAGCCAUCGUUGACCGAUAACAGUCUUCAGAACGAAAACGAAAAUAUGUCAUCAGUUAGCAUUGACUCCAAGUAUAGUCUCAAUGUGGACACUUCAGACGUCGCUUCAAACAGGUCGCAAACAAGUCUGUCUCAAACAAUCAACCAGCUCUCGCUUUAUGAGUCAGAACCUUCCAUUGCAAGCUCAAGUACUACUACUACCGCUAAUAACCAAGGAGGUGGAUUGCAAAAUCUGGUCCCAAAUUACUCAUCUGAUAUGAGGAAGAAGAAACUGGUCAGCAAGUUCAAACGGAAAGUAUUUGGCGCUAAACCCAAAAAUUCGUCUUCGCAAUACGAAAUGGACGCACACGACGACGAGCACCAGCAACAGCAGUCCUCUAUGAAAUUUAGAACAACGCUACGCAAAAGUUCUGUGAGCACAAAUACUGAAAAUGAUCAGGUGAAAAAACUGGGGGCUGGAAACGUGAAGUACAAGUACAACCCUGACAGCGACACGUAUGAUUUCUACGCUGACACCGAUUCUGAUUCGGGAUCGGAUCCAAAUCAGGACACUUUAUCGAAGCCUCGUAAAAGAGAUAGAAUUAAAAGGAAGAUCAAGAAGUCUGCCAAUAAAACAACACAUCAUAGGCCCAUUCAUCGCACUAGGAACCAGAAAUUUAAUGAGGACAAACCUUGGAAAUCCCAUACAGAUAUAACCUUUGUCACUGACAGUGAAAGAAAGCGCUAUGAAAGCAUGUGGGUGAGCAAUAGACACCGCCAUCUAGAUUUGUUAAGCUGGUGGCCCGUCUCUGAGGACGAUCCCACUGUAAUGAACUCUCUACCGGAAGACGGGUUGAUCCUGAACAUUAUCGUCCACGAUAUUUGGAAGCGCUCCAAUGUUCCCAGUAGUUUACUGGCGGAGAUUUACGCAAAGGUGGACUCAAGAAAGGAUGGUACGCUGGACAGAAAAUCAUUCAUCGUGGGGAUGUGGCUCGUCGAUCAGUGCCUGUACGGUAGAAAACUGCCCAACGUUGUCGAGCAAUGUGUUUGGGACAGUGUGGAUAGAUAUGCAUCAACCACGGUAGUACCAGUAAGCACACUCAAGGCAAUGGCCAAGCAAAAAAAGAAACAAAUGAAGGAAGAAAUCAAGAACAUCAAAAAAGAAAAUAGAGUCGUUCUUGUAGACCAUAAUAGCACAUCGUGA